CGUGUGCAUUUAGUCUGGUCUUCUCUUGGUUGGAAACGUGAAAAUCCCCGUUGAUGGUCUCUGUCACAUUUUAAUCAGCGCCGUCGGUCUAGGCGAACACGGGAACGGAGCUUUUAGGGGGAAAAACACACACAUAUACACAUACAUACACACAUGACCCCGACGCUGGAGUUUGGGAUUUAUUCCGUUUCGGUUAUAUAGAAUCGAUUUUUGUUUACUGCUUUGGUGGUGGAGGAAGGAAGAAGUGGAGGGGGGAAAAAGGGACAGACAGAGGUGUGUAUAUAGAGGAGAAAAAAGAGAGAGGAAGAGGAAAGAGAGAGAGCGCCUCCACACCCCAGCGUAAAGGAAAUGCCCAUCGCGGCUACUGGUGCGCCGCCAGCGACUCCCGAGCCCCGCGUGCGUCCCCGAGUCCUUGCCGGGGCCGAGCGUGUGCCCAAGCGCGCCCCAGAAGGCGAGUACAGCGCAACGGAGGCGGCCCUAGUCGCGGACAGACUAUCCAGCGUGCACGGGGUUUCCGCCUCCUCAGCGGCUCCUUCUCACCCGUCACACCCUUCUCACCCGUCUCCCCCGGCGCACUCACCUCAGCCCAUGGCCACCGAGCCGCCCAGGACUCGGUCCCGCUCGCGCUCCGGAUUCUAUCAGAGCGCUGGCGCGAACAGUGGCGCAGGGAGUCCGGGCGCAAACCUCCAUCAUCAUCACCACCAUCAUCAUCUUCAUCAUCAUCAUCAGCAGCACCAGCUGAGCGGCGCAUGCGCGGUGCUCGGGGCUCAUGGACACCCGGAGAAUCUGCGGCCGCCCCCCGGCGUGCUCUCCCCGGGCGGACACCGGCAUCCAGGUCCCGGAGCGCACAGGAGCCCAGGAGGAGCAGGAGCGAUGGGAGGAGUGUAUCACUAUCAUUCCGAGCCGACCUGCGCAGACGCCACAGAUAAGACGGAGGACUCCCCCAGUCCGAAGCGCCAGCGGCUCUCGCAGCAGUCUGUGUUAGAGUUGGCCUCGGCCCCGCCCUCAACGCCCUCACCGCCCAUCAGACCGUGGGAGCUCCCGCCCAGUCGCAGACCACACCCCUAUCCUCACUCGCAUUAUCACUCGGAGCGCUGUCACACACCCGCCAGGCACAGACGCAGCCCUCCAGUGCGACGUCAGCGUGCCCGGCGCGAGCGCCUCUCUCGGCUCCAUCACGGUUCCCCCGGCGGCCCCCAGGAUGAGAACUACCGCCACCCUCCUCAUCCUCACACACACCCUCUUCACUCGUACGGCCCGACCAUGCCCCCUCACCCGCCGGCUGGUACCGACGAGCCCCGCGCCUUCCACCCUCCUGCAUUGUCGCCACGGCUACUUCAUCCACAGCAGCAAGGCACAGUGGUCAUGGACCUCCACGAGCAGCUUCCUCAGGGUACAGUCCCCGUAUCGUACACCGUGUCUCCAAUGGCAGCUCACGGCCUCCCGCCUCCUCUCUGUACGGGACAGCAUAUCCCAGCAUGCUCCUCUCAGCAGCAGGUGCCCGCCUGCUCAGUGGUCUUCAGCAGCCAGCAGCACUACCCCGUCUGCCCGCCUCCGAUGCUGCCUGCGUGUUCGGUGCAGCACUUGCCCAUGCCAUACGCGUUUCCUUCACUGCUUUCCAGCGAUUCGACCUUCCUGCUCCACCCGCCACACCAUCUCUCGCACCAUCACCACCACCCACCACACCUGGCCCCGCCCACACACUUCCUGCCCUUCCAGACACAACAGUCAAGAUCACCACUACAGAGGAUUGAGAAUGAGGUAGAGCUGCUCGGAGAACACCUGCCGGUAGGAGGCAGCUUUAACUACGGCCACUCGGGCCACCCCAGCCCCCUGCCCCCGUCCACGCCGUUGCAGUUCCUCUCUCACGAUCCCCUGCCGCAGGAGCUCUUCGGAGUGCCAUAUCCGCACUUCAUGCCUCGACGCAUCACGGGUCGGCGGUACCGUUCGCAGCAAGCCGUGGCUCCUCCCACGUAUCAUCCCAGCCUCCUACCGUACUUCCUAUCUGUUCUUCCAGUGCAGCCUACAGCCGUGGGGCCCGCUAUCAGCCUGGAGCUGGACGUAGACGACGGAGAAGUGGAGAAUUACGAGGCUCUGUUGAACCUCGCAGAACGUCUCGGGGAAGCCAAACCACGCGGCCUGACGAAAGCAGACAUUGAACAGCUGCCUUCCUACAGAUUCAACCCCAGCAACCACCAGUCCGAGCAAACCCUGUGUGUGGUGUGCAUGUGUGACUUCGAGUCCCGACAGCUGCUCCGAGUCCUGCCCUGCAAUCACGAAUUCCAUGCCAAGUGUGUCGACAAAUGGCUCAAGGCUAACAGAACCUGCCCCAUCUGCCGAGCCGACGCCUCCGAAGUCCAGCGGGAUUCCGAGUGACCGAUCCCGACCCGUUUUCACUCCUGCCCCAUCUCUCUCUCUCUCUCUCUCUCUCUCUCUCUCUCUCUCUCUCUCUCUCUCUCUCACACACACACACCGUGUACAUGCUUGCAAGGACUUUUUC